AGUUCGUAUUCAGUUUUCUAAAAGAAGUUCUAUAAGAAAGAAAUUUAAUUAUUUUGAUUACAAAGAGUGAUAAAAUUUUACAUUAUGCGCUAUAAUUAUAUUGUAUUUUUAAUAUUAUCUUUAUUAAUGUGGACAUUUGCUGAGGAACUUUAUUCUGAUAAAUAUGAUUAUGUGAAUAUUGACGAAAUUUUGACAAAUGAUCGUCUACGAAAUGAAUAUUAUGAUUGUUUCAUCGAUGCAGGCUCAUGUAUAACUCCGGAUUCGGUGUUCUUUAAAAAUCACAUAACAGAAGCGUUUCAAACACAAUGUAAAAAAUGUACCGAAAUUCAAAAACAAAAUAUGGAUAAAUUAGCAGAAUGGUUUACUGCAAAUGAACCAGAAAAAUGGAAUCAUUUCGUGGAAACAAUGAUAAAGAAAAAGAAUGAAGGCGCAUAAAGUUCACGUUAAAUAAUUAUUAAUAUAAUUAAU